CAACAAUUAUCGGUAUUACUGUAGCAGUGGGAUCCUUUGGCAUGAAUAUUUCUUUUCCAGCAGGUCCAAUAAUCUUAACUUCAGCUUCAGGCUUCAAGUUGUCUGAAAUAUUAGCAUUUGAAAGCAGACAACCCUUUUGGCAGAUUGUGAACUACCUGUCUCACCGCGAAUCACUUGUUCCACAAGGUUAUGGUUUAGUUAGUAUCUGCUGGCUUGAUUGUGGCGCUGCUAUAUUGAUGUUGACUAAGUUAAAAGGUCUUUUGUCCUUAUGCAUGUUGAAAGCCCGAAAUGCCUUCUUUUCUCCUCAGGGAAUUAGAGAUGUAAAAUGGUUGCACGAACUUAAGAGAAGUGCAAAAAGGUUCCUUGAAUGAGAGUUAUAGAAACCAUACUAAUAAAAAGGAGAACUCUUUUCUUACAUAAUUAAUGCUUAAAUUUAUGGCUCAUCGGACGUCUCUUUAACUAAAAUGACUCGACUAUUU